GGAUGAAAUUUUAAAUAUAAGUAGUUUCUUACUAAUGCGAAGCCAGGGGCAAAAAACUAAUUUUAGAUUAAAGACGCUUCAGAUCUAACUAAGGGACUGAUAAAUAUGCUGCUAUUGGAAGCUCUUCCAGCCCAUUUUCGGUACUCAACGGCAGAGAUGACGGAAUCUCAACUAUCUGUGCUCCGCUGAGGUGCCACAACUGUGACGCAGUGAACGAGACAGUCAAGGCUGACUCAGAAGAGAGGAGAGUUGUGACGGCGGGAGAGCGUACGCCGGAGAGGGGAGUCAGAGAUUCAGAUCUAAUAUGCUGGCAAAGAGAGAUGGACAGACCCUUUCAAAACUCCUCAAUAGCAAGAACUCCAGCUAAGGCAAAGAUCCGGAAAGGAGAUGGUUGCGCUUGGCUGCUCUGUUGUUUUUGCUGCAGCAGUACGUAGUUGAUCCUGAAUCGGAGCAGACAGAGAGAAAAGCUCCCUCUACCAAGCGUCUUAGGCGCAUGAGGAUACUCUGAAGUCUGAAUCUUGCUUGCUUCCUCUAUCGAGUAUGGCAAGCCAAAUCGAAUCACAGGACUCCGAUUUCGACCGGAAAGCUGCACUGAAGACGUUCGACGACACGAAAGCCGGCGUAAAGGGGCUCACAGAUGCCGGGAUUACGAAAAUCCCGUCGAUAUUCCUCCACUCACAGCACAACGCAGCUCCCAUCAAAUCAAAUUCAGGGGACCCUGAGGCCGAGCUGCCCGUCAUCCCGACCGUUGACUUGCAAGGUAUCGACAGAGACCCAAAUCUGCGCCGUCGGGUUAUUGUGCAAGUGAGAGACGCCUGCCAGAGAUUUGGGUUUUUCCAGGUGGUCAAUCACGGGAUACCCAUACCGCUUCUGGAUAAGACCAUUAAUGGAGUGAAGGAGUUCCAUGAACAAGAUACUGAAGUGAAGAGAGGGUUCUACACUAGGGAUUUUGCUUACAAGACGUUCACGUACAACAGCAAUUUCGAUUUGUAUCAGUCUCCGGCAGAUAACUGGAGGGAUACCAUGAGUUGUCUCAUGGCUCCACGCCCGCCAAACCUUCAGGAACUCCCUCAAGUCUGCGGGGAAACGAUGGUUGAUUACUCAAACGAAGUGAUGGGACUAGCAAGGAAGCUGUUAGAGUUGGUUUCUGAAGCAUUGGGGCUGAACCCUGAUUACCUUACCAAUAUAGGUUGCUCGGAAGCAUUGUUGUUUCUGGGUCAUUACUAUCCGGCUUGUCCUGAACCGGAUUCGACAAUAGGAAUUAGCAGCCAUUCUGACAGCAGCUUUCUUACCGUGCUUCUGCAAGAUCAAAUUGGCGGUCUUCAGGUCCUUUGUAAUGAUCAGUGGGUUGAUGUGAAGCCCACAGCAAAUGCUCUUGUCAUAAAUCUGGGAGAUUUGUUGCAGUUGAUCUCUAAUGACAAAUUCAGAAGCUCCCAACACAGGGUACUUGCUAAAUCAAUAGGCCCUAGGGUUUCAGUGGCAUGUUUCUUGAGACCACAGCAUCUGCUUCCUGAGAACUCUACCAGAGUUUAUGGCCCGCUUAAGGAGCUGAUAUCAGAAGGGGAUCCGCCAGUUUUUAGGGAAAUUACUGUGAAGGAAUUUGUUGAACAUUACCAAGCAAAAGGGCUUAAUGGGAUCUCUGCUCUGGAAGUUUUCAGACUCUGAGUUAUUGGCAGAAGGCGGAUGCGGACAUGCAGUUUCAUGAGCAUCCGGUGAACAAUAAUGUCAUAGAAGAAUAAAUGUCUUUCCACAAGUGGAUGUUAGGGUAGAAAUAAAGCUUGGCCUGUUUGUAAAUUGUUUUGGCAGGAAAAAAAGAUCAAAUUUUUGUCUCACUAGAAUCCAUUUUAGUGGCAACUAAAGAUAAAGCUGUUUGACUCUUUAAGUGGACAGUUCCUCAGUUCAAUGCAUUACAUAAGUCACCAAUUACCAGAG